AUGAUCUGCCCAAGUCUGCCCCAAUUCUGCCUGCAAAAUGCGGAAUUCUACCGCCGGGAAAUGUGCUCGCUGCCCAAACUGAUUCUGCUGACAGGAGUAUUCCAAGCUUUCUUCGCCAACUGGUGCUGAGCCCGGGUAAACGUAUGUCAGAAACUUACUAGUGAAAUAAUAAUAAUAAUCACUUGAUAAUAAUCCGGUCUAGAAGAUGACUCUCUAACCUGAGUUGGCUACUCAGCAAAUAAAAUCAAAAUCAGAAGCGGAACAUGUCUUUUCUAUUAUAAAGAGGGAUCUAUUCUGCUCACUUGAUCUCUGCCAGAACCCGGAAAUAUCGCAGCAGGGAAUUGAGGAAAGGUGCGGCUGUUUAUCUGAACUGAUCAUUAACUGUGACACUGAACACAUGCGGAGUUUUUUUUUGCGUUCACUCACUGAAGAAUAAACUCGUUGAAAUGGCUGACUUUGCCCUAGUUUGAUUCAAAGCGUUUUAAUUUCAGUAUAAUUAUGCGAUAUCUUAGGCAUAACAGUUGCAUACCGCAUAAUAACACAACUAAAACGUUUGUUGCAAUUCGGAUUAUCAGUUACUUAUUCCAAACAAUCAGGGCCACCCAACGAGAAUAUAGUUCAAAACCACUUUAACAUAGCAUUGUUAAACGUAUUUUAGUAUUUAAACGGUAGAUAUAGGCACAUUUUUAUCCCCUAAAAAUUUUUCAUCUGUUCAGAUUUCCUAGCUGAAAGUCUAGUGAUCCGAAAAUUAUAGGGAUCAAAACUGACCUUUUCGAAAAUUCCAGCCAGAAAAAAGGCUUCCGAAAAUUCAAGGUGACCUUUUUAGGGUAAAAAUCCGUUAAAAAUAGGCAAUACGACCAUUAUUUAGAGGUUCGAAAAUCCUAGGUGAGGCAGGCAAGCAAGAAAUUUUGCAACAACUGUUCCGAAAAUUCUAGAUCUCAAAUCGUCUUCCGAACAGAUAUUUUCCGAAAAUUGUCGUUGGGUGCCCCUGAACAAUGAUUACUAUAAUUAAUGCUACGCGCAUUGAACCGAUUUAAUUACCAUCGGUGACUCCCUUGGUUGGUUCGAAGCCUGACUGUUCAAGUGAAAAUUUUCACUUUUACAGCUAGAAUCUCAAUUUCAGAGUACCAACACUUGCAGCGUGACACUUGAGCUGACUCCUCUAUUUACCAUAAUUACGUGUACUCUAAAAAUAGGGUGUAAGACUCGCAUGGAAGAUGUAAUUAAGUAAUGUAUGGAAACAGAAGAAUCAGCUGAACGUAUAAGCUUUUCACUGAAGGAAGGAGACCAGAGGCAGUUUUCAGAAAAACAAAAUCCGGAAAAGGGUUUAUUGUAUCAGAUAUUAUGCCAUGAUUAUAAAUAGCCGUAACUGUAGCAAUUCUGCAUGCACGUGUAUUAAUUAUUUUCUGAAACAACUUUCUUCUGAUUAAAUAAACGGACAACUUCGCACAUUGUUUCUUGUUAACAAACAGUUUGGAUUUGCUGUGUAAGGCAUUUUGAAACACUUGCUGUGUAAGGCAUUUUGAAACACGGUUUAUCGGUAAAACUGUCAAUUACUGUGGGAUAAAAGUGCAUUUCCUAUGAAUAAAUGUAAAACCCCAGGUAUAUAUACUAGCUUUUUUGACUAAAGAGCAAAGAUCAUGCAAAUGUUUUUCUUUCUUUUUUUUCUUUUUCAAACUUUUAGGGUUGACGUGUAAAUCCUCAGCUCACUCAGUUGAUUUGCUUCUUAUUUUUAGAAGUAACUUGAUUUAGUAAAAUCGUUAUUUGGUAACUUAAGGCUACGUCAGAAAAAUAUAUUGCAAUAUCAGCUGGUUUUAAAACUAGGCGUUUAAUACAAUUUGCUGUUUAACUUUCGCCGGGUCAGCGAAAGUGAGCGGUCCUUUUCUUAGAGUCAAGAGAGACCGCUGCGAAAAUAUGGAUACCAUACUACUUUUCAAGUACCUAACGGUUGGUGGGAUGACAGCAAGGCAGCUUGUUACUACAUCGUAUUCUGCCACAGUAGAAGUAAUAUUUGCCACUUCGGCAUGUUGAGAUGAAAGAAAGUUGCAACUUUUAGAUAUUGGAAACAGGUUAUAUCUCUGCAGUUAUUUUUUCAAUGCCGCGAGUUGACGUCAAUACUGAAUUAAAAAUGCUGUUAUUUCUGGAUUUUCCGUGGGACAAAAUUUUGUUCCUUACCGAAAACUUCCUCAAUGAGAAGUCUCUUUAGAAUAAAAAUGUUCUCUAUGCUAUGGCGGUUCCCAAAAGUAUCUCAAUGGUUCCAAAAUCGUCAGCCGAUACGAACAGUGCCUGAAACGCGCGGACACAGAAAUUCCUCAACCAUAUGAACAUGUCACAAUAGAGAUCGAUGAGUGCUUCAACAGUCGAGGUCAAGUUACCUGUAGUGAUCUGCGAUUAUCGGCGGAAAAUUUAUAUAUAUAUAUUUUUUACCUAGCGUAAUAGUUCGCUUGAAAGAAUGUUGAUAUUCUGCCAGCUGAACUGUUAAAUUCUAUAACUAUUGCCGAUUAUGGUAUCUGAAAAUGUUUAGGCUUAAAUUUUUUGGUUUCCUGAGUCCUUGCGUGACAACUUCUUAAGCUCUUCCUGUUUUUUUUUUUUAUUUUCUCGCCCGCUUUAACAGACAAUCGCAAAUCCGAACAAAAGGGAACAAAUACAAAAAAUUCAGUCCAUUUGCUUUCGUAAAAGGCUGGCCACAACUUAGAUGAGUUCCACUGAAAUAACUUCCGAAGGAAAAAAAUUACUACCAAAGAAAUGAUGUAACCUUUUCGAUCCGGCUUCCCUUCAGUGCAGGAUAUCUUGGCCUACUACGCAGCAUUUAAACAGAAAUAUUUUGUCCUUUGUUCGUAAUAGGCGGAAAUACGGUUAAUCUCCCCCAUUUUCGCUGAUGCGAGCAUAACUUAACUUGCGCCCAGGGUCCCUCAUCAGUGGGCUCACUGAUUAUAAUUGCAUCAUGAAUGACAUCACGACUCGGAUCCCCGCUGAUUCGUACUUAGACGAUGAGAGAAUUGCGGAAACGAGUAGAAUUGAAAACAACUUUCGAUAUCGGCAAGAGACUAUGAGGUAGUCUCUUGAUAUCGGGUCGUCAAUGUAAACAAAGCCAUACAAACGGCAAUAAAGCUAUGCGGGGAAUGUGUGACAGUCACCUGACAACUUGACAAACGCAGCAAACUGCGAUCAUGUUCUUGAGCGUGUGGACUGUCAUUUCCGAUAUUCAAGACAGACAAGAUGGGCUUGCCCGGGGCAUUCCUUGACAUGAACAAGCCAUGUCAUUGAAAACCCCUCUAUGACUAACAACACCUUUUGCGGGACUUUUUUCCUUUUUAAUAUCGACAGACUGACAUAAUCGAUCGCUAUAAGGGCAGGGCCAUGGAGUGAAAUCCGGUUUAUGUCUGCGGUUAGAUAAAUUCGCUUAUAGUAGUUGGAUAUUCAUUCGAAUCAAGUCAUCCGAGUAGAACACAACUAACAAGAGCUUAUUUAUUUUCGUUAAUCACGAAUUAAUUUACGAAAGAUGUUUGACAUGAUGUGCAGAACUAUAAGUUUUCUAUGGGUAUUCACCUUGGUGUUAAUUUUUACAAGGUAGGUAAAAUAUCAUUGUAUGUUUUUAGUUUUUUUGUUUUGAACUUUCCACGUGGAUAGAUAUGCCCAUAAAGACUAAUUUUAUGGUUGCUUUAAUUCACGUACACGUCUAACAUUGUCUUAAACAAGUAUCAGUUUAAAAAUGCUUUAUCAUCGAUUUCUUGUUUAUCUUUCAGGGCAAUGGCAUUGCCUACUAUGAACAUUGCACAAAUCUUGGUAAGUGUUUUAAGUGAGACGACGUUUGGCUGUCUAAUCGAGUACAAAUAUUACGUCAGUCAGUAAAAUUGAGUAGAGUCAGUAUUAUUAUUUCAUGAUUGGAAGGUCACGCAAUGUUCUAAUCGAAAAUAAAAGUGAUUUUUUUUUAAGUUAUCUAAAUUACAACGUCUUGAUUACUAGAGAAGACAUCCUCUUAGAUCCAAAGUACGCCUUAUCGCGCCCUCAAUUAAAAAGUACAAAGACUCUUUCCCGAGGGGUUUUAACGAAUUGGACGCUCGUGGUGAGUCAAAUUCAUUGGUCUCUGACGGAGGCUAAUUCUACUAGUCGUACAUUAGGACUGUCUAGCCAGUUCAUAUAAAACAAUAGCAAAUAAACUGUUAUUGUAUAGUAAUCGAAGUGUUAGCCUACAAUAUCAACCUAAUUGACUUCUGCUCUCUACCUUUUUAUAGAGUUCAAAAACAGAGUACACAAGUAUAGCAAAAACUGUCUGGUUAUAUUCUACAAACGCCAAAGGAUUUGUUAGAGUGAACGGUUCCCAUGUCGAUAGCUCUUGCUAUGACUGCGACAAAACCAAGGACGAAAGCGGUAUGUGUGAAUUUUCCUUUAAAUCUAAAAUUAUAACUUUUCAUAAACUCAGUGACCUACGUACAGGGGCAGUUAAGCGCCGACCACCCAAGCUGCCAGUUUGCAAACUCGCUCAUUUUCCACCCGGCUGGAGACGCUGUUUGUAGAUCGACUGCGGGCCCAUCAAGAUGACAAUGCAGUUCGUAAUAAAAACUAGUAUGACCGCUAUAUUUCUUGUUAUUUAUGGGAAAAUUUGCUUUUAUACUAGCGGCGUGUUGUGUUAGUUUCGGAUCAAAGAGCCCCGCCGACAAAUAAUCUCUCUCAAGUUUUAGCCUACAGGUUAAACUGCUUUAAUCUUCUCCGACAAUUUUAGUUCGGAAGCAAAAUCAUUGACACUCUUUGGGUGCAUGUGUAGAAGGUCUCUGAUAAAUUUGUAUAUCUCAGUUACUUUGACGACUAGUUAGUAAUCCGCCGGGAAAGAGUCAUAAACUUAAGUAGCAUCAUCAAACUCAUAAAGAGUGUUAAGCUAUACUAUUAUCCAGGCAUUAAAAGUCGAUUAUGAGCUGUAUUUAAAGACACUAUUGUACAAAAAGUCGGUAGAUAAUCUUUGUACUGUAAAGCGGUGACAAUUAAUCGCCGCGGGGAACAAUGACUGAUUUUCCCGCCAAAAGCGGCGCGUGUAUCGACUAAUCCUGGUUGAAUUUUUCCGACAAAUGUGCAAAUGCAAAGAAUGAGGUGGAAUUAUUGAAAUCAAAGAAAGAUUAUCUUAUUAGUCACCUGCUGUUUAUUGUCACACUUACUCUCGAUUUCAAGGUGUCAUUGCAGAUAUUUGCAUGAAAUCUUUACAGUUUUGGACAAAGCGAUACUGCUAGAUUUGUUCUCAGCUCCCAAAAUAUUGCGUCAUUUAUACUAUAACUCUCGUCAUAGUAAAUCACUUGCACUUGUGAAACAAAUUCCACUUGCUUUGUUUUUGCGCCACUAAAGGUCCCGACGUAACGUUUAUCUGUAGCCUGUUGACAUACAAUGCAAUAAUUAACACUUGUAAAAUAAUAAGCUUCUAUUUAUCGCUCAAUGUAUGGCACCUGUGAGUUCUGCAGAAAAAAAAAAGUCAUUGCUUUUGUAGAGUCUUUCUCAAGAAACCCUUAACCCAGUCACCCACAAAGGCGUGUGAUAAAUCGGCUGCUAACACCUAUUAAGUCGGUGCAAGAUGUCUCCCAGUGCGGCCUAUUUUAAUGAAAGCUACUACGCAGUACGUUUUCCGUGGUACUGUGAAUUACACUUCAUUAUUAAGGCGUCUUUAUGAAGUUAAGCCUUAUUGGAUGACAAUCUAUUUAAUAAUCAUAAUUCAAAACAAUGUAAGAAACAGUUUUAUUCGUGAUGAUGUUUAUGUAGCACGAAUUAACAGAGGUUAGUUGGAAGUUCCGAGUAUGUCUAGCCUUGUGCAUAGGGCCAAAUGAGAAAAAAAAAAUUCCCACUAACCUUAAACGAUGUGUUGUAUAUUUUUAGUCAAGUUUUUCUACUCAAUGUGGUAUUUUGACCAAUUUCCUCUCGGAAGGUGAACAGUUAACAGUACACGUAUAAAAUGCUUUCUGAUGUUUACAACCAGUGUAGCGGAAUUUUUGGAAUCCACAAAAUUCCUGUUUAAAAGCCAGCCGAACGUGGGCGAGAGAUCUUUGUUCGCUCUUUCGUCAAAUACAAUGUGCCAGCACCUCCUUUUGCGGCUAAAUUAUUUUGAUUUAAAAGACAACAUCGGCGCCAAGGAAUUCAUGUGAAAUGCAUUCAUCGGUUGUACUUUUGAGUUGCCUAUUCACUUCAGCCAUUGUUUGCGUUUUAAUAGUUCCUCUGACGCAGUAAACCCUUCUUCCUUUUUCAUCUGCGAAGCCUUUGUCUCUUUUUCGGUGGGAAAUUGUUUAAUAAACUGAGGUUAAAUUUAUUGUACCAAAGAAAGACCAUUUGGCCGCAAGCAAAGAAUUAAAGGAACUGAAAAAGAGUUGUGCAACGAGAAGGAUGCCAAUAAAACCAUUGAAAUGAUAAACAAACACAUCAAAAAAGAAAAUAAACAUUUUUUUAAAUUUUAACUGCCGACAUGAUCUGUGCAAUUUCAUCCCCACAUCUAUAAUUUUGAUCAACAGGAAAGAAAAAUGUGAUAAGAAAUGAACCACUUGUGAACAACAGGAAACCUUAACCAUAAUAAUUUUUACAAGUUAACAGAAGACUGAUUGAUCUUUUCACGUUUUGUUUUACAGCCAAGCUCGAGCUGGUGUCAACGCGUUUUGAGGGAGCUGUUGUACUCAGGAUUAGAUCCGUAAAGGAAAACAGUUAUCUUUGCGUGGAUUUAGAGGGCAAUCUAACUACAGAGGUACGUGCUCAGCACAGUAAACUCUCAGGUGAUUAAUAAAAGGUUAAAAAAGGGCGGUCUUUUAAGCGGAAGAAUGCAUGGGUAGUUUUGUUACACCUGCAUGCUUAUUGGAUUUCGUUCAAUCUCCUCUCUUUUCAAUCUGGACUACAACUAACUAAUAGUUUUUACUAAAAGAUUAAUUGAAUUAACAAGCAGCUUCAUUGCGUUUACAGUCGACUCUCUCAGUUAACGGACACCUCUCUUAGACGGACACUUCUGUAAAACCAACACCUAGUCACCUGUUCCCUGUCUUUUUCCCUUUAUUUUACUCUCUUUAAGACGGAAAUCUAUCUAAGACAGACACUUGAUGCAAGUCCCAAAGGUGUCCUUCUUAGAGAGAAUUGGCUGUAUCAUAAAGACACCGUGAACACCGUGAAACAAAACUAAACUCACGAGAAACGGCCUUUUCUAAUUAAAGCCUUAUUUAAAGUUGUAAUCUCUAGCUGCAUUGUGGUCGUAGGGAGUUAAUCUGGACCAAAAAUCUCAUCCGCAAUUUUAUCCUGUUCACAGACCCUCUAGUUUCUCUUAAAAGUCCGCCGAGCGCGCGUCCGCGCGCGCACGCCGAUUAUCGAAAAGAAAAAUAAAGCAACGUCCGUGUACAGGCGUACAAUCGUCUUUCCGCUGGUUCAUAAAUCUUUCAACCAGGCAAGAAUGCCGUGUUUUGAAUAAAGCCUGUGUUAAGCUGCUCAGUGUAUUUUCCACCGUGGGGGAAAAUUCUUGGUGUUGUUUUUGCUUUUUAGCCAAGAUCUUACCACCGCAAAACUUGUUUUUGUUGUUGCUUCACUUUCUUGCAAGAAGUUCAAUAUUACUGGCAAGCAUACAAAUACGACUACGAAACGUUUCCGAACACUUGAACAUAGAGAGCAAAUAUAUAGAAAUGAAUUACCAAAAAACAUAUAUGACGAAAACAACUUUAACAAGUUAUAGUCGUUACUUGGGUACCGACUCAGGCCUAGCGAUAGCUAAAGAGGGUUAACGCGAGAAGGGUUAACUACAGUGGUCAACUAAAAAUUUAAAUUAUAACAAAGCUUGCUCUUCUUUACUGCAGGUUCAUGGAAACACAAUGCAGCGUUGCUUGUUUAAAGAAGGAAUGAAAUCAGGGUUUACAACAUUUCAAUCAAUUCAUAACGCAGAAUGGUUCCUGGGUUUUAAACGCAACGGAAAAUUAAAACAACCGCACAACACCACGAAUUCUCAAAAGGCGGCAAGAUUUUUAACAUACUUUUAA